AAUCAUGUAGCGUAUUAACUUUUGUUUAUUCCACAGAUUUUUCAACCAAAAGUAGACUUCAUAAAAGCAAAUUAUUCGCCAAAGAAUGGAUUUUAAAAAAUAUAUCGAAAAUCUUGCAUGAAUAUCAAACUUACGAUGGUUGGUAUAACAAUCCCUGGCAUCCGUCUUUAGGAUCUGCUGAAAGUACUUUGAUACGCUUAUUACCGUCAGCCUAUGAAGGCGGAGUCUAUCAACCUAAUAAUAUAUCUUCUGCAAACCCUUUGGAAAUUAGCGAAAGUUUCAUGCAAGAAAAACUGUCAUGCGAUGGACAUACAACGGUAUCUUCAGAAACAGGAAGGAAUGUGUUUAUGGUUUUCUUUGGCCUGUUUGUAACAGAAGAACUCGUAAAUACGAGAAGACCGUCUUGUCCCCCUUCUUAUUUCAACGUAGAUAUACCGUCGGAGCAUGAUUUUAAAGUUACUGGAUUGAAUCAAAUGCCUUUUAUUCGUUCCAGAUACGACAAAAAGAGUGGGAAAUCUCCAAAUAAUCGACUAAAACAAUUAAAUGGAGCUACUGCUUGGAUAGAUGGAAGUGCUAUUUAUGGAACAACAAAAUCCGAAGCUGAUGCUUUAAGAUCUUUUCAAAAUGGAUGUUUGAAAACUAUGGACAAGGAAGGAUUAUAUCCGGUUUUAAAUGAAGAAUUUUUGUCUUAUUUGUCACCUUCUCGAAAUAUUUCUGACAGUAAAAUUAAAAAAGAAAAAUUUCGGGUUGGCAAUCAUUUUGCGCAUGAAAGUCCCUUCGUUUUAGUCAUGAAUAUAGUGUUUUUUCGUUUGCAUAAUAUUUUGGCUUCUACAAUGUGUGAAAAAUUUCAAGAUUGGAAUGAUGAAAGAUGUUUUAAUGAAGCUAGGAAAAGGGUGGUUGCGAUUAUGCAGAAUAUUAUUGUGAAUGAAUGGCUUCCCGCAUUCUUGGGUGAAAAACUUCCAGACUAUAGACGAUACGAUCCUAGUAUUGAUCCUAGCAUUUCGAAUGUUUUUCAAUCAGCUGCAAUGAGAUUUGGCCAUACCAUGGUUCCCCGAGGUGUUUACAGAAGAUCCAACACCGACAAGUGUGAAAACUCAGUUAUUCGUUUGUGUGAAAGUUUCUACGAUGCCAAGGAAAUUGUUUAUAGAAGUGGCAUUGAAAAUCUAAUACUUGGGAUGACUUUUCAAGCUGCAGAAAAAGAAGAUAUCUCUGUGGUUGAUGAUUUGAGAAGUUAUUUACAUGGUCCACCGGAAUUUACACGUCGAGAUCUAAUUGCUCUUAAUAUUCAACGUGGUCGAGAUCAUGGUCUGCCUGGUUAUGGAUUUGCUAGAAAAAUGCUUCUUCCGCAAGAAAAUAUAACAGAAUUUAGUUUUGAAACAAUGGCCAAUCUAAGCUAUCCUGAGUAUGAACAGCUUAUAUUGAAAGUUCUUCCAAAAUAUUAUACGUCAAUGGAUGAAGUGGAUAUAUUUUUAGGUGGACUUUUAGAAACAAAAAAUGGAAUGGGACCAGUAUUUAAAGAAGUUAUCCGUGAACAAUUUAUACGUAUUAGAAAUGGUGAUCGGUUUUGGUUUCAAAAUAAGGAGAAUGAGUUUUUCACACGACAAGAAAUUGAUAUCAUUAGAGGCAUUAAAAUGUAUGAUAUUAUACUGGCAGUUACAACUGGUCUUAAACACAAUGAUUUGUCUCCAGAUGCAUUCCAUGUUCCUACUUCUGGUGUAGCUCCCACUGACAGUGUAUCUAAUCUAAAGUGCUCCGAAAAGUUAACAGCCUUUCGAUGUGCUAGAAAUGGGCAGUUGAAGAACUGUCAUGCUCUUCCAGUGGUCAAGAAUUCCGGACAGAAUUGUCCUUCACAUUUUCAUGUUCCUGUCUGUGCACAUUCUGAACCAGAAACAUAUGAUUACUUCACUGGCAGUGGUGCAGCAUAUGCUUUGUCUUUUCUCUUCCUCUUUUUAUUUAUUAUUGGUUGCGUAAUAGCAUUAUUUGUUUUGGUACAAAUUCGGAAGAAAGAUAUAAAACGUAUGCGAUCUUCAGUCAAGCUACAGAAGAAAGUACAGUCAGAUGAGAAUUCAUUAAUUGUUACAGAGUGGAUUGGUAAAAGGGAAGGUCUCAAGGAUAUUAUCAUCCGAUUUAUUCCAGAGAAAAAGCAAGUCACUAUUAGUCUUUUAAACAAAGAAAUUCUUCGAUCUAUUGAUUUUAAAUAUGUUCAGAGCGUUGAAAUCCACGUUAGUACUGGAGGUCACCUUCAUUAUGUCCUAAUGCGCAUAUCUCGAGAAUAUGAUUUAGUUUUAAAAUUUGAGACCCAAGAAGAAAAAGAAAUAUUUGUUGAGAGAAUUGAAGCAUUUCUUGGAAGAAUUGGUAUAGGUCGACAAAGAUAUGAAUCUAAUGCAAAGCAUAUGUUGAAAUCUGCUGUCACUAAAGCUCACAGACAAAAACAGUUGGAAAAAUUUUUCCGAAUUGUCUUUGCACAGGCUUUCUCAAUCCAUCACGAGCAUACAGAGGAUUUAGACAUUGACUAUAAUCAAGCGAAGGAUAUUGUGAAAAUGGAAUUGACUCCCUAUGAAUUUUCUGAAGCCUUGUCUCUUCGUCCUGACGCGCUGUUUGUAAAACAAAUGUUUUCUUUAAUUGAUGCUGACGGAAAUGGAUACGUAUCGUUCCGAGAAUUUCUAAAUGUCAUCGUAAUCUUUGCUAAAGGGAGUCCAGAAGAUAAAAUAAAAUUGAUGUUUGAUAUAUAUGAUAUUGAUCAUUCUGGCAAACUGACUCGACGAGAAUUUUCAGAAAUGAUAAGGUCACUAUUAGAACUGGCAAAUCAAUCCUUGACCAGUGAUCAAUUGGAUGAAUUGACAGCAACAAUGUUUACGUCUGCAGCUGGUCUCCAAAACAAACAUGAAAUUACUUUCGAUGAUUUCUCCCACCUGUUAGCUGAUCACAGAGAAGAACUUGGAUACGUGCAGCUAAGCUUCAAUAUUGGCGAUGGAUUUAAGACAAGCGCUCCAGGAAACCGUAAAAGUAUGGCUGUUAGAGCAGAAGAAACUGUUUUAAGAGCUUACAGCGUAGUGGGUCCGGAAAAUGUUCCUCAUCGAAGAAGAGCAGAAACGUGUCUUCGAGUUGAAACAAGGCCAAAUUUAUAUGAGAAAGAUAGAACGAAACAGAAAGUUAAUCAAGUGAUUCGUUUCAUUGAAAACUACCGCCAACACAUAUUUUGGAUAUUGAUUUUUACUUUGGUGAUUUUUGGCAUCUUUAUUCAAAAAGCAUACUAUUAUUCAGUUGAAGCGGAACAUACAGGAUUCAGAAGAAUUGCAGGAUAUGGUGUUACUGUCACUAGAGGAGCAGCAAGCUCAAUGAUGUUUUGCUUCAGUGUCAUUCUGCUCACUAUGUGCCGAAACACUAUCACUUUCUUAAGGGAGACUUUUUUCCAUAAAUACGUGCCUUUCGAUGCUGCUAUCUCCUUUCACAAAUACAUUGCAUUUUGGGGACUCAUAUUUACUCUGUUUCAUAUCAUUGGACAUGGUAUUAAUUUUUAUCACGUUGCUACUCAAACUGUGAGUGAUCUACAAUGUCUGUUUCCAAACUUUCAUUUAAAUCCAAUAGACCCACCUAAGUUGCCAUAUUGGCUGUUUCAAACCGUUACAGGAAUUACUGGUGUAUUUUUGGUACUGGUUCUAAGUUUGAUGUAUGUGUUUGCGAUACAGUUUGCUCGGCGGCAUGUUUUUAACGCAUUUUGGAAAACCCACAACUUAUAUCCGAUAUUAUACAUUUUGAUGUUUCUUCAUGGAAUGGGACAUUUGAUUCAAGGACCGAUAUUCUAUCACUACUUCUUAUUCCCAUGUGUAUUGUUUACAAUCGAUAGAUUAAUCAGCAUUAGUAGAAAGACUGUUGAAAUUCCUGUAGUAAAAGCUGAACUACUACCAUCAGGAGUUACACACCUAGAAUUCAAGAAACCACAUAAUUUUGAAUACAAGAGUGGCCAAUGGGUUCGAAUAGCUUGCCUACCUUUAAACAAAAAUGAAUACCAUCCCUUUACUUUAUCAUCGGCUCCCCAUGAAGAAAAUUUGAGCUUGCACAUCAGGGCUGUUGGACCUUGGACUACAAACUUGCGUAAAAUGUACGAUCCCAAUAAUUUACAACGUCACGCUUACCCAAAGAUCUAUCUCGAUGGGCCUUAUGGAGAAGGGCACCAGGAUUGGUUUCGAUAUGACGUGUCCGUUCUCGUAGGUGGAGGUAUUGGCAUCACUCCUUUUGCAUCCAUAUUGAAAGAUAUUGUAUUUAAAGCCUCGUUGAAACACAAGAUCUCUUGUAAAAAGUUAUAUUUUAUCUGGGUCACUAGAAGUCAAAAACAAUUCGAAUGGAUGAUUGAUAUCAUUCAAGAAGUAGAAAACAGUGAUAGAAACAAUCUUGUUGACGUCCACAUUUUCAUCACACAAUUUUAUGAAAAAUUUGACUUGCGUACAACAAUGCUGUAUAUUUGCGAACGUCAUUUCCAGAAAGUAUGUGGUAGAAGUUUAUUUACAGGUCUACAAUCAAAAACUCAUUUCGGCCGUCCAGACUUUCAAGUUUUUUUUAAUUCAUUGAGAGCGGAGCAUGCUGAAGUUAACAAAAUAGCUGUUUUUAGCUGUGGGCCACCUCUGAUGACAAGAAGUGUUCAAGCUUCUUGUGAAGAAUUAAACAAGCGUGAAGGAGCCAUCUUUGUACAUCAUUAUGAGAAUUUUUAGCACAUAUUUUUUUUACUUCAAAAUCUUUCACCAAGAGUUAAGCCUCCAAAAUUAGAUGAAUUAUAUCCAGCUGCAUUAUAAAUUGAAGCAUUUUUAUGAAA